UUCAAUCUUCAGAUCCAGAUUUCCAGCCGUGACAGCCGGCAGAUCACGGCAAUGGCGGAACUCGUCUACCACAACGGACAUUACCACCACGUCUCCAGCCGCGAUCGGCAUCGUCCUCGGCGCAACGACGACUGGAGCCUCAUGAAGUUUUGGGAUGAGGUGCUCUACGAAAUCGGCGAUCUCUACUACAAAGUGCGCAGGCGAUAA